AUGGCACAACGAAUCCUCAUCAUCGGAACCGGCUUCGCAGGGUUAUGGAGCGCCCUCUCCGCGAAACGUCUCCUGCAGCUUCACAACAAGGAGAAUGCUGUCGAGGUCGUCGUCGUCGCCCCCGAGCCCAGCCUGGUGGUGCGGCCCCGGCUGUAUGAGGACAACCCGGCGGCCAUGGUGCACCAGCUCGGACCAUUGUUUCAGGCGACGAAUAUCCGAUUCGUCGAGGGGCUUGUCAAAGCCAUAGACACUUCCACAAAGACUGUUGUUUACGCCUCCAAGGGCACCGAGUCCGCUUCCAUUACCUACGACCGCCUGGUGCUGGCAGCUGGAAGCUCCGUCGUCCACCCCAAAGCCGUCGACGGGCUGUCCGAGCACGCAUUCGACAUUGACGCCUUGGAAUCUGCCUCAAAACUCCAUCUUCAUCUCAAAAGCCUCGCAGCCUUGCCACAGAGCGCCGCCCGCGACACGGUGGUCGUGUGCGGCGCAGGUUUCACAGGCAUCGAGCUCGCCACGGAACUUCCUCUGCGCGUCGCCUCUGGCGUGCGCAUUGUCCUCGUUGACGGCUCCGACGCGGUCGGAUCCCAGCUCGGCCCGGGUCCCCGCGCCGCCAUCACCAAGGCCCUCCAGGCCAUGAACGUCGAAGUCAAGCUCGGCGCCGGCAUUGCACGCAUCGACGCGUCCGGCGUGACCCUGUCCUCCGGUCAGCGCAUCGCCACCCUAACCGCCAUAUGGACCGCCGGCGUCCGCGCCUCCGCCUUGACCCAGCAGAUCCCGGGCGACAAGGACGCGCUCGGCCGCAUCCGCGUGGAUCCCACGCUCCGCGUCCCGUCUGCCACGGACGUCUACGCCACCGGCGACGCCGCGCACGUCCUCGCCGAUCCGGAAGGGGGCCAGGUGGCGCUGAUGUGCUGCCAGCAUGCGCUCCUGCUCGGUCGCGUCUCCGGGCACAACGCCGCGGCGAGCUUGAUCGGCGUGCCGGAGACAAACUACGCGCAGGCCGCGUACAACUGCUGCCUCGACCUGGGCGGGCACGGCGCGGUCAUCUGUCGCGGCUGGGAGAGGGAGGUCAUGCUCGAGGGGGAUCUGGCGAAGCGAGUCAAGAAGUACAUAAACGGGACUCUGAUUUACCCUCCCGCCGACGCGGCCGAGGCCGUUGCGGCGGCUGAUCCGGGUCUGUAUGGGGAUUCGGACGAGUUGUUCAAGCAGAUGAUUGAGACUAUCAAGACAUCCGCCUAG